CGGGAUCCCCGUCUGCGGCACCGAAGGGGUUAAGCGGCGGUGACGCGUUCGGACCGGCUCCGCCCCCCCCGCAAGAGCUGUCAGCGGCUCCGCCCCGCUAUGGGGGUGCUGCAGGCGCUGGUCGGGGUGUCGGAGAAGGCGUCGCGGGUGGCGCGGCUGUGCCGGGGAGAGGAGCCCCUCUGCCAACUCCUGGUGGCCGAGAAGACGGGGCCCGAGAGGAACUCGCGCUUCCAGAGGGACUUCAAGACCCUCGCGGAUGUCCUCAUCCAGGAGGUCAUCAAACAUGACCUGGGCCAGCAGUUCCCUGAGCUCCAGGGCCACAUCCACGGUGAGGAAUCCAACGAAUUCACGACCGCUCAGGGGGCCACGGUGCGGGUGCAGGUGGGCUCUUCGCCGGGGGACACGGCCGCCACGCUGCGCCGCGUGCUGGAGCCCCACCACGAAGCCGCCGAACUGCUGGCGGCGGCCGCGCACCGCGCCGUCACCUUGCACGACGCCACCUUGGCCACCGUGGAGCUCAACAUCCCCACCCAGGACAUCGCCAUCUGGAUAGACCCCAUCGAUUCCACCAAUGAGUACAUCGCGGGGCGCGAGGACGUGGCGCCCGUCGAGGGGGUCGCUCCGGAGGGGCUCUGCUCGGCGCUGGUGCUCAUCGGGGCGUACGACCGCCGCACCGGUUGCCCCGUGAUCGGCGUCAUCAACGAACCCUUCUUCCGCCGUCACCCCGAAACCGGCAGGUGGCAGGGGAGGUACCACUGGGGCGUCGCCUACGGCGAGACGCGUCUCUGCUCGCUGAACCCCCAAUCAUCGCCGCGCCCCACACCCCGCGUGGUGCUGAGCCGGGCGGAGGGGGCGGCGGUACAGGGGGCUCUGCGCCCCCUUUGCGGGGAGCACCUCCUCUUCGCCGCCGGCGCGGGGUACAAGAUGCUCUGCGUCAUCCUGGGUUUGGUGGACGUCUACGUCCUCUCCGUGGGUACCACCUUCGCCUGGGACGCCUGCGCCCCACACGCCAUCCUGCGCGCCAUGGGGGGCGGCGCCGUGGCCCUGGCGGGGGCUCUGCGGGCACGGCGGGAGGGGGACAAGGGGGUCCCCCCACAAUUGGUGUACAACCGCCCGGAUGAUGGGGCGGUGGGCGCCGAGCGUUGGGUCAACCGCGGCGGCCUCGUGGCUUACGCGCAUCCGCAGCAUCUCGAGGACGUGUUGGAGGCGCUCGCCACCGCGCCGGGGGUCUGAGCCCCACGGAAUGGGGGGGCAGGGAC